AAGAAAUGUUCUCGAAAGGGUAACCGCCACGUGUCCGUAUAUCAAAUCCGCAGAACCCUCGGCUCUAAUCCUUAACCCUCUCUCUCUGCUCCCUCCUCUCUCUCUCUCUCCUCCGCCACCAUCUCUGCUCUUCAGUUUUACUGCUAGUAAAGCUGCGACCUUCUCUCUAAACAUCUUAUCUUUUCCUCUUCCUCGUAUAUAUAUACAUAUACAUAGUGAUAUUUAUCCCUCAUGAUAGGCGUUUCUUUACAGCGAGGUUUUCAUGCCUGAACAAUCAGACACAUCACAACAGCACACAGAUUAUACGCACGCAGAAUUUUCUUUCUUUCUUUCUAAUUCUGUAUAUACGUUUCAGUACGCAGUUUUGUUAGAAUUUGAGGUCGACCCUUAAUAGAGCUUUGAAAGAACAGAAAAGGGCAGUUUUUGCUUUUCAUUCUGUUUUGUUUACUGUGAGAUAGAUAAUCUAGAUUUUUUUUUUUCCAGGAAUUUUAGAGCUUUUCUGUUGACUCUGUAAUUUCUAGUUUUUUUCGUGUUAUAGCUUAGGAAUAGAAACAGUGGUAUUGACUAUUGAGAGGAAUUGAAGAAAGUGGCGAAUGAAAAUGAGUUUGAGCACGGCGGAGGAUGAUUCGGCGUCGGAAAUCCAUCUUCCGGCGGAUAUAGAUUGGGAGAUGUUGGACAAAUCCAAGUUCUUUUUCCUUGGGGCGGCGCUAUUUUCCGGCGUCUCGGCGACGCUCUACCCGGUGGUGGUGUUAAAGACUCGGCAACAGGUGGCGGCGGCUCAGAUCCCUUGCCUUAAAAUGGCGGUUUCGAUCUUAAGAAACGAAGGGUGCCGGGGAUUCUACAGGGGAUUCGGGACUUCCCUCACCGGAACCAUCCCGGCGCGUGCGCUUUACAUGGGCGCGCUGGAGAUGACCAAGAGUAACGUAGGAACCGCCACCGUCCGGCUAGGAUUCUCUGAGGCCGCCGCGUCCGCCAUAGCCAACGCAGCGGCGGGGCUGAGCGCCGCCAUGGCGGCGCAGUUAGUGUGGACUCCCAUAGACGUAGUGAGCCAGAGGCUAAUGGUUCAGGGUAGUAGUAGUAGUAGUAGUAGUAGUGUGGGGUUGAAGAGCUACAAUGGCGGAAUAGAUGCGUUUAGGAAGAUAAUUUGCAGCUAUGGAGUUAGGGGAUUGUACAGAGGCUUCGGGAUUUCGAUUCUAACUUACGCUCCUUCAAACGCAGUUUGGUGGGCCUCAUACUCUGUGGCUCACAGGCUCAUCUGGGGCUGCAUUGGCUGCCAUGGCUGCAAGAAGGAGGACGACGGCGGCGGUUUCCGGCCGGAUGGGAAGGCCGUGGUGGCCGUCCAAGGGCUGAGCGCCACCUUUGCCAGCGGCGUCUCAGCCUUGGUCACAAUGCCACUCGACACAAUCAAGACCAGACUGCAAGUGUUGGACGGCGAAGGGACCGACCGGCGGCCGCCGACCGCGAGACAGACGGUUAGGAACUUGGUUAAGGAAGGUGGAUUCACGGCUUGUUACAGAGGAUUGGGUCCGAGGUGGGCUUCCAUGUCCAUGUCUGCUACCACCAUGAUCACAACCUACGAGUUUCUCAAGCGCCUGUCUACCAAGAAUCAGUCAAGAGAUUAGUCACUGUGUUGGACAAUACCCAAAAACGAAUCAAGAAAAUGUUGUUGCUUAGGUUGAUUGAGUAAGAGACAGGGGUUAGUUGGAGGGAGGUUUUGCACAACAAUGUAAAUAUAUAUAUAUAUAUUGUGAACAAAAACGAAAAUGUAGUAAUCUUUGUUGUCUGUCUCUUAGGUUUUGGUCCUUUGAUCAAUAUGUUCAAGAAUUAUAUAUGUUCAAUCUCUUUGGAACUUUG